AAUUCGAGAAUAAAAGAUCCAACGGUCCUAAGAGUCUCAAACACGUCAACUCAAUUUUACACACUGUCACUCGUAACUCAGUAAUCGGAAACUCGUAACGCGGAUCAGCUAAACCUUAACAGAUCACACAACACGAAAACUCAGUGCAAAAUCUUCGUUACAAUCGCCGGCGGGCAGAUCGGAGAACGAAAAUGUUGCCGCCGGAGCUCCAUCCGCGGACGUUCCGUCCGUACAUAUCAGCCUCAACUAGUGCGCCUUCUCUCUCCACCUCCUUCGACGGCGUUUACAGUCCCGAACGAAACCCUAACGGUGGUAGCAGCAGCAGCUCCCUCAACAGUAGAUCUCUACGAAACUCUCGAUUCUCGCCGUCGGCGUUCGUUCACAACGCUCGAAUCGCUGUUGCGUUAGUUCCUUGCGCCGCUUUCCUUCUUGACCUUGGCGGCACUCCCGUCGUCGCUACGCUCACAUUGGGUCUUAUGAUAGCUUACAUCCUCGAUUCACUCAACUUCAAGUCCGGUUCGUUUUUCGCCGUCUGGUUUUCACUCAUCGCCUCUCAAUUUGCUUUCUUCUUCAGCGCAUCACUGUUCGGAACUUUCAAUUCGAUCAUUCUCGGCCUAUUCGCUGUAUCAGUUUGUAGUUUAGCGAAUUUCUUAAUCGGUGUGUGGGUAUCGCUUCAGUUCAAGUGGAUUCAAAUUGAAUAUCCGACGAUUGUGCUUGCACUCGAGCGGCUAUUGUUCGCUUGUUGUCCGAUUAUUGCUUCUACAGUUUUUACCUGGGCAACAGUCUCUGCAGUUGGUAUGGUUAAUGCUGCUUAUUAUCUUAUGGUGUUUAACUGCAUUUUCUAUUGGCUUUUUGCGGUGCCUCGUUUAUCGUCGUUUAAACUGAAGCAAGAAGUGAGUUACCACGGUGGUAGGGUUCCAGAUGACAAUUUUAUCCUUGGGCAGCUUGAGAGUUGUGUACAUACGUUGAAUCUCUUGUUUUUCCCUCUUUUGUUUCAUAUUGCAUCGCAUUACACAGUUAUAUUUGUAUCUGCGGCUUCUAUUUGUGAUCUGUUUCUGCUUUUCUUCAUUCCUUUCUUGUUUCAACUGUAUGCCUCGACGAGAGGGGGGUUAUGGUGGGUGACGAAGAAUGAGCAUCAGUUGCAGAGCAUUCGCGUGGUGAAUGGAGCUAUUGCUUUGUUUGUUGUUGUCAUUUGCUUGGAGGUUAGGGUUGUGUUCCAUUCGUUUGGACGAUACAUUCAAGUUCCACCGCCGUUGAAUUACCUGCUUGUCACUAUAACUAUGCUGGGAGGGGCAGCUGCAGCUGGUGCUUAUGCUCUUGGUAUGGUUUCUGAUGCUUUUAGCUCACUAGGAUUCACUGCUUCAGCUGUCAUUGUAAGUUCUGCUGGCGCGAUCGUGGUGGGAUUUCCUGUUCUGUUUGUUCCACUCCCAGCAGUAGCAGGAUUUUAUUUGGCUCGUUUCUUCACGAGGAAGAGUGUCUCGUCAUACUUUGCUUUUGUUGUGCUUGGAAGCUUGAUGGUUAUAUGGUUCGUAAUGCACAAUUACUGGGAUCUAAACAUUUGGAUGUCGGGCAUGCCUUUAAAAUCCUUCUGCAAGCUCAUUGUUGGUAGUGUUAUCCUAGCAAUGGCCAUUCCUGGUUUAGCUAUUCUCCCAGCGCAAUUUCGCUUUCUGACCGAGAUUGGUUUGAUUGGCCAUGCUUUGCUGCUAUGCUAUAUUGAAAAUCGUUUCUUUAGUUACUCUAGCAUUUACUAUUAUGGGUUGGAGGAUGAUGUGAUGUACCCAAGUUAUAUGGUAGUCAUAUCUUGCAGGGAUAAGUCAAGAACUGCCUCAAAAAUGAAACCUUGGCAAGGUUAUGCUCAUGCUGCUGUUGUUGCUUUAUCAGUUUGGUUCUGUCGUGAAACAGUAUUUGAAGCUCUUCAAUGGUGGCAUGGUAGACCUCCUUCUGAUGGUUUGCUUUUAGGCUCCUGCUUGCUCUUGACGGGAUUGGCUUGCGUCCCGAUUGUUGCACUUCACUUUUCACAUGUUAUGUCUGCAAAGAGAUGCUUGGUGCUGGUGGUUGCAACAGGUUUGUUGUUUAUCCUAAUGCAGCCGCCAAUCCCCUUGUCAUGGACUUACCACUCGGACGUAAUCAAAGCUGCUCGUCAAUCUGCUGAUGACAUUUCUAUUUAUGGCUUCUUUGCAUCAAAGCCUACGUGGCCCUCAUGGUUGCUUAUUGUUGCAAUUCUGCUCACCCUGGCAUCUGUUACUUCCACCAUCCCCAUUAAAUACGUCGUUGAAUUGAGGACAUUUUAUGCCAUUGCUAUAGGCAUUUCUCUUGGAAUUUACAUAUCAGCAGAAUAUUUUCUCCAGGCUGCAAUCCUCCAUGUUCUCAUUGUUGUCACCAUGGUCUGUACUUCAGUAUUUGUUGUUUUCACUCACUUCCCAUCUGCUUCAAGCACAAAGCUUCUGCCAUGGGUAUUUGCACUUCUUGUGGCUCUCUUUCCCGUGACAUAUUUGUUGGAGGGCCAGGUCAGAAUAAACAAAACCAUCCUUGGAGAUAGUGCGGUGCAAGAUAUGGGAGAAGAAGACAGCAAACUGGCAACCCUUCUGGCCGUUGAAGGUGCAAGGACUUCCCUUCUUGGCUUAUAUGCUGCAAUCUUUAUGCUUAUUGCACUUGAAGUGAAGUUUGAGCUAGCUUCGCUGCUGCGAGAAAAGGUAGUAGAUAGGGGUGGAGUUAGACACAGCCAUUCAGGUCAAAGUAGCUCUAGUACUGUUCCCCAGAGAUUAAGGUUCAUGCAGCAACGCAAAGCCUCUGCUGUUCCAACCUUUACAAUCAAGAGAAUGGCUGCUGAGGGUGCCUGGAUGCCUGCCGUUGGUAAUGUUGCUACGAUCAUGUGUUUUGCUAUAUGCCUGAUCUUGAAUGUCAAUCUCACUGGUGGCUCAAACCGUGCUAUUUUCUUCUUGGCACCUAUCCUGCUGCUGCUUAAUCAGGAUUCUGAUUUUGUUGCGGGUUUCGGGGACAAGCAAAGGUACUUCCCUGUUGUUGUUGUUAUCUCUGCCUACUUGGUGUUAACCACCCUGUAUAGCAUAUGGGAAAAUGUAUGGCACGGGAAUGCAGGGUGGGGAUUAGAUGUAGGAGGUCCAGAUUGGUUUUUCGCAGUCAAGAAUUUGGCACUUCUCAUUCUAACAUUCCCAAGCCACAUCCUUUUUAAUCGCUUCGUGUGGAGCUACACAAAACAGGCUGAAUCUAUGCCGUUGCUGACAAUACCUCUUAAUUUGCCAUCAGUUUUGAUGACGGACAUUAUCAAGGUUAAGAUAUUGGGACUCCUUGGAGUUAUAUAUUCUUUAGCCCAGUAUCUGAUCUCUAGACAACAAUAUAUUUCAGGAUUGAAGUACAUUUAGUCGAACACAAAAAUUUUGUACUAUAUGUUUUAGCAAUUUUCAAGUGAGGAAUGAAAUUAAAGAUUUUCUUGCCAUUGAAAAUUGUUCUGUUAUUUAUGGAUUUUAUGCGCCCUUGGUUUC